UAUUCAAAGUGGCGAAGUCAGAGUCGAAGUUAGUGUUAGUGGGAGACGGAGAGGGCGAUGGAUGUUGCUCCUGCUCUGGCAUGAGAAUUGGUGACCUCGGUGGAGCUAUCAUUGAAGCUGCCAAGCUGACGAGGACCUGGUUCUGCCAGAGGCCAGGCUACGGCUUCUCUCAAAAAGUAGACGAGGAGGAAGGCAGCGGCAGCGUGGCUCUCCAUCCGCCAGACGGGUUCUACUCCCACCAGCACUCCAUCCACAGCGGGCACCAUGGCCACCACGCGGAGCCCGACCGGGGCUACAUGGAGGGCAACAGAUACGUCACUGCUGUGCACAGGCCCAUGCCUGCCUUAAACCAUUCGAACUCGUCAUGCUCGUCCGCGUCGAACGCUUCGACCGGCGCCGGGCUGUGCGCGGGCGCCGCCGAGCCAGCGCCUCCGCUGUACAUCGCCGCGCCCCCAGAGGGCUUCGGCCACGCCGUCCACAACAGGCGUGGCACAGACGUGUCCAUCAUUGGAUCUACAGGGAUAACGCAAAAAGAUCCCAGUUUAUCCCAAAAAAGGGGUAAAUUGACCAGAGGUCGUUAUGAAAUGUCACAAGACCUGCUCGACAAGCAAGUUGAAAUAUUAGAGAGAAGAUACGGCGGUCUCCGCGCCCGGCGCGCGGCUGUGACCAUACAGAGAGCGUUUAGGAGACGACAGCUCUUGAAGAAGUUCAGUGCCAUCACGGCGAUGGCGAAGGCUGCUGAUUCCACGGCCAGGAGAAUGCAGGACGGGCCGGAUCAUGGUCAACUAGUCAAUGGAAACGACAUAUACGCAAACGCGCUGAUACAGAAGAGCCCGGGCGGCGCCGAGAAAGUGCUGGCCCUAACCAGGCCCAUGCGUUCCAUGUCGCUGCGAGAACGACACGACAUAGAUAUGAGUAAUCACCUACAAUGCGAAAGCCAGGACGUUGACGCGAUGGUGGCCAGAGUACAGCAGUCCGCACACCAGAUACACAUGCUGGCGACAGACAUGCCGCAGCAUCACAGGGGCGACACCGACAGCGGGGUGUGCAGUUGCUCCGUGAGCGGGUCGGUGACGAACAUAUCGACGUCCUCCUCGCACAAUGAAUCUCUACACAACCACCAGUUGUUAAACAAUACAGGUCCCAUUUACGGCAACCUUCUGUCCUCGGGCGGGAAACCGCUUUCCUCGCCGACGGCGAGACAGCAGCAACAACUGGCGGCCAUACAAGCAGCAAACGCACGUCGACUGCCACCUGACGUACCCAAACGCACUUGCAGCAUCACACUCAAUGCCGAAAGCCCAGUUUCCCUCCGGCGCGCCGAAUGCGGCGCCAACGUCGUCCGUGGCGGCUCCAUGUCGUCGGUGCAAUCAUCAUCAUCAUCCUCCUCGCAGGAGCAUCGACACCACUACCACCAGCCGUACCAGCCUAGGGCUCCUGAGCCGCACGUGCAUAUCCAAGAGCAACACUUCCAACAGCACCAGCGCACAGCAUCAGGCACUCUGUACGAGCCGGUGAACAGCUACGGAGUAUGGAAGAGACAGGACGCGCCGCCAUACUACGAAGCACCACAGCAGUGCUGUCGCCCCGUGCAUGACACACAUAAACAUUCUCACAACCCCUUUCUCCAGGUUUCGGAAACGGUCCGCAAGCGCCAAUACCGCGUGGGCCUCAACCUCUUCAACAAGAAGCCCGAGCGAGGCAUCGCUUACCUCAUCUCCCGCGGAUUUUUGGAAAAUUCCCCGCGCGGCGUCGCAAGAUUCCUCAUUACUAGGAAAGGCUUGAGCAAGCAGAUGAUCGGGGAAUAUCUUGGGAAUCUGCAGAACCAGUUUAACAUGGCUGUGCUAGAAUGCUUCGUGAACGAGCUGGAUCUCUCCGGCAUGGCAGUAGACGUGGCGCUCCGCCGCUACCAGGCACAUUUCCGGCUGCCCGGCGAGGCGCAGAAGAUCGAAAGGCUGGUCGAGGCAUUUGCGAGACGCUACUGCGUCUGCAAUACCGACUUUGUGCAGCGACUGCGGACGCAGGAUACGAUCUUCGUGCUAGCCUUCGCAAUAAUCAUGCUGAACACCGAUCUGCACACUCCCAACCUGAAGCCAGAAGCUCGGAUGUCACUCGACGACUUCGUUCGGAACCUACGAGGCAUCGACGAUUGCGGUGACAUCGACCGUGAUAUGCUUGCUGGGAUAUAUGAGAGAGUGAAGUCUAGUGAAUUCAGACCAGGCAGCGAUCACGUCACGCAGGUGAUGAAGGUGCAGGCCACCAUAGUUGGCAAGAAACCGCAUUUGGCGUUGCCGCACCGUCGGCUCGUGUGUUACUGCCGGCUGUACGAGAUACCGGACAUACAUAAGAAGGAGCGUCCGGGCGUGCACCAAAGAGAGGUGUUCCUGUUUAACGACCUGCUGGUGAUAACUAAGAUCUUCAGCAAGAAGAAGUCCUCGGUGACGUACACCUUCCGCCAAUCCUUCCCUCUGUGCGGCAUGAACGUCAAUCUCUUCUCCGUGCCACACUAUCCCUUCGGCAUCCGUCUCUCCCGGCGCGUGGACGGGCGGCGCCUGGCCACGUUCAACGCGCGCAACGAGCACGACCGCUGCAAGUUCGCCGAGGACCUGCGCGAGAGUGUGGCCGAGAUGGACGACAUGGAGGCCAUGCGGAUCGAGGGGGAGCUGAACCGCGGGAAGGGGAGGCAGGGGAAUAAUAAUAGACAAGUGAUGGAAAACAGAGACAGCGGCGUAGCUGACGUCGAAAUUGAUCAUCAACAAUGCAUGGACCAUGUUCAUGUGCACGGCGUGGCGGUGCCGCCGCCGCCGUCGUGCCCGGCGCCGGCGGCCCCGGCGCGCGGCGCGCACCCGCCGCCCACCAGCAUCAUCAAGCGCAACGUGCUCUCCAACUCGCUCGUCGACAUCAACGACCCAGUGGCAAUGGCAGCAGAGCGGCUGCAGAGGCGCGGUUCCGUGGGCUCCCUAGAUUCAGGCAUGUCGGUGUCGUUCCAACACGGGUCCCGUACUGCCCUGCACGCCACCUCGCCUCGGCAUCCCCCCGACCAGCGCUCGCCAGGGCGUCUUUUCAGCGGAAUAUUCCCCAGCCGAACUCGGAAACUGAGCGCUUCGGGCGUCCUCGACAAGUCAGGACACGUCGGCAAGAGCACCGAGGUGUAAGCCAAUCAGCGAGCACCGAGGUGACCGAGGUAGCCAAUCACGGCGCCGCGCGCCGACCCUUCAUUUCGAAUUUGGAACUCUCUCCAUUGAUUGGUUCAUAUUAAAUUUCGAAUGCAUUCCAAAUCGUUUGCGUUUCAGAACGUAACAUAGUUUGGAUGAUAUUUUUUUCUUAGUGCCAUCUUCUUUUUUAAUUGGGAUGAUAGAAGUCGCUGGGUCACUUUAAACCAGGGUAAAAGGUUAAGGGACUUUAAAGGGUAGGGGAUUUCGAAGUGCCAACGUAAUGGACGGCCACUCGAAUUUAUUUUUGGAAUAAAAAUACGAUAUUUAAACCUAAUUUGACAAUAUAAGUAUAUGCAACGAUUGUCAGACUAGCAUGACACAUUAACAUUUUCUUGCAGUGACAAUUACAGGAGAUAAAACAUGAUUUUACAUAACGUCGGGUGACAAGCAAAAGUCACUAAGUACUAUCAAAAAAUUCAAGUAACAAUGCACUUUAUUACACUUGCAACACGGUUUAUUGUCCAAUAAUUUCAAUGGUGAUGUUAGUUAGUGACGUCAAAUCAUGGGAUUAGUUGUCAAGCGGACCCCAGGCUCCCAUGAGCCGUGGCGAAAUGCCGGGGAUAACGCGAGGAAGAAGGAAGGUGUUAGUUAGUGACUUUUGCUUGUCACUCGACGAUAUAGAAUUCACGGAUUUGGAAUAUUUACCUACAUUUUGGAAGUGUGCUGGAACUAUCGAAAGUAUAUGGGUCCAUGUUUCGCAUGUAGUGUGUUUGUUUUUAGAUGUUGGUAACAUUGGUGUAUGUUUUUUAUCAUACUGGUUUGUUAAAAAAAUCUUUUUUAACUUACCAGGAUGAUAUAUGUUGAAAUGUAGACGUUUUUGAAUAUUUGAUGUAAAUGAGAGAACUAACAAUAUACUCUGUAUCUUUAGCAUUGACUUUUCAGUCAAAUUUGACGUAAACGAAUAUACGCAUAUUGACAUUAUCAUAUUUUUCAAUACAUGUUACCAUUCAGAAAGUAUUAAGAUUACUUUAAAGAUUUUUAACGUAGCAAUCUUAAUAUGGAAUCUUUUUCUUUAGAAUAAUUGUACAUACGUUCGGAAUAGACAAUGCAAUAGCAAUGUGUAGUUUCACAUAAGGCCAACCGGGGUAAGUACGUCACUUAGGUAAAAACCUCUUUUUGAAGAUUUCUUCUAAACGGAGCAUUUUAGAAGUAUUGCAGCCCUCCCUGUUCGCAGUAUGGUAACUGAACUUUUAAUGCAGAUACUGAUGUAGUGCAUAAAUAUUUUUCUUCGUAUUUUCCCGGAAACAUACGUACGUGUCUUGCUAUUUCAGUCAGUCUCGGUACAAAAAGUACUGACAUUGACUGAACUAGCAUGGCAAAUACGAACGUUUCCGAGAAAAUACGAAGGAGAACAAUUACGAGUAUACACUACUUCUGUAGCUAAAAUAGUUAUAAUAUGUUGCAUUUCGAAGAUAUCGUCAAAAGACGCAUUUAUCACAAGAGACGCAUUUACCCCGAUGGACCGUACAAUUUAUUUGUGCACGAAAAGCAAUAACAUUAGAAACAUCACAGUUUAAACAGAAUUAUAUUUAUAGUUACAAAAUACGAAUUUAUUAACUAUUGUUGAUGAAUUUUAGCGUUUAUAGGUAAUCUGAGAAAAUUUCUAAAAAAUAUAAUAAAAGUACCGAUUGUCCGUUUAAAAAACUAUUCUGACUAGUCUCUAAAUGCAUUUCGAUUAGGGAAUGAAAACCGAUUUUUAAUCGUAUGGGAAAACCGGUUAUAACUGAAAUUUCAUACACACAAAAACCGGUUUACAUUCCCUAACUUUGAUCGAGUGUCCAUAAUAAAGCUAUUUAAAAAUUAUUAUAUACCCAUUUAGGUAAAUAAGGGUUUAAAUAUAAAGAAUUCUUCCAAACGUAGAUAUUUCGAUUGUUUUUGUGAAUGUACAACCUAAAGGCUGCUUUUCAAUUUCAUACUUGCAAGACCUGUUGUUACCUAUUCCUUGGAUUUUACCAUUAAAUAUAACCUAUUAUAUUUAAGUAACCAAUUUAAAUAAAUAAUUAACGAACGGCCGGUCUUUAGUAUAAAGAAAAUGUGGUCACUUUUAAAUGUCUCUCUUAGAUUUACCUACCGUUAUGCAGCAAUUUACUGGUUGAAAAGAAAUGAACUGCUUGUGAUUCGUACUAAACUAAAAUAUACAAUUUAUUUCAUAAACUUAGGGCCAGAGCACAUCGGCUCCGUGUGCGUAGUAUUGAAGUGUCCGUGCUCUAAAAUAUUGGAGCCUUGCUCGCACACGUCACGCAAGCGGUGUGCCGUCGCUCAUAAAGAUCUGUAUAUUCUAUGCACACGCAUAGACCGGUGUGUACAGGCCUUUACGUGAUAGAAUCAAGCAAUAAAAAAUUCAAUGUACUUAGGUGUUAUUUGAUAGUGGAAAUCUGUGUCAUCCUAUAGGUACAGAUGGGUUACCUAAGGCCUGUUAGCGGUUUUUCCUAUAAUUGAGUCGCUUAACUUCAAACUCGGGUAUAUCCAUCUGUCAGAUUAUGCGAUUUUGGUAUUAAGAAAAGGUAAUAGGGUAGCUAUUUGCUGGGAGGGUCGAAUGGAUUUACCCGGUUUGAAGUUAAGCGACACAAUUAUGUGUGCACCGGCUUGUGUGUGUGUACGUGACGCGUGCGCUAAAAUGUUAGAGCCGCACACGUCACGCAAGUGGUGUGCCGUCUCUCAUAAUGAUCUGUAUACUACAACGCCUCACGCGCACGUCUCGCACACGCAGGCGGUGUGCACAGGCCUUAAAGAUGCUCCAAUAAAAAUGCAACACUUCACGACAUAAGCGCUAAUAACCUCGAGGUCCUUUUUUAUACCAAAGGUCAAAAGUACUCGUAUCAAUAGAGUCAGGAUUCCUGAGCUGAUCUAAAAGAGGUUCUUCCUAAUUAUAUGAGUGUGUAUUAAAACGGACCGGCCAAAAUACCUAAAUGUUAUAAAACUAACUAAGCCACUGUUGACUUUGUAAUGGUUAGUAGAGUCGUUUCUACUGUUUGAUACGCUAGAUAGGAGGGGGUAAACAAAUUGAGAUUUUAGCAAAAUACUAAAAUCAGUCUUGCCAACUUGGUAUAAAUGAUGCCAGAUCUGGCAUAUUUUCACUCGCUUUGGCACCAAAAUUUUCCAUUUAGCAUCUGGCAUAUUUUUUAGCAUAAUUUAGUCUAAGCCAAGUUUGCACCAACUUGGCAGCAACAAUAUGCGCCAUCGCCUUAUUAUGUUGUUCAUAUUUUCAUAUGAAUUUUGACUUUUGUGGACGGAUGGACGUUGACGGUCUAUAUAAAGUUGAUCAAGCAGAUCUUGUCAGUAGAAAAAGGCGGCUAAUUUGAAAAAAAAUUGUAUGAAGUGUCUAAUUUCAAGUGACAUUUUUAGCUAUUUUUUUGGCAUAUUUCAGAAAUCUUUGGCAUAAUUUUGGCAUUAGACUAGCAUUUUUUCUAAAUCCGAGUUGGCAACUCUGACUAAAAUGUGGAACGAUUUUUAGUUACUACUAAAAAUGGUGGAAUGUGUUAUAGGCUGGACGUACUUCAUUUUCCUCACAUAUUAUGUCAAAUCUUAUAGAAAUAUCGAGAAUAAACAUCAAAUUUAGGUAAUAUUGUCUUCGGUUACCGCGAGUAAUUAUACUCGUGAAAUAAAACUAUGGAUUUGAAUUAUAUCGCGUAUAAUGAAUUUAUUACACAUUCAUUAUAUGUACACGAUACUAUCCAAUUCCAUAGUUAUAUUUCAUCAAAUUUAGGUGUUUCAGUAUACCUUAAAGUCUUUAGAAACAUGUUCAUUCAGAUAUAUUGAUUAUUGAUUAUUUCCAAUUCGAAAUAAGUCGAUGAACUACAAAUUCCACUUAAUAUAUCAUAUGCAAUAUAAUGUUUUUCGAUUAUCAUUGACGUGUUGUGAAUGUUUCAGAAAAUUUACAAAAAAAGAGUUCAUGACAAGUUAUUGUGUAAAUUUCAUUUUGCAAUAUCCCCCUAAGGCCCAAGGUCCUACCUAUAGUACUUAUUCAGUUCGAUGAAAUUUAAACCAUAUUCAAUUGGAACAGAGUUGCAUUUCUUUUGCUUCGAUAAAAUUUUCAAACAAAUAGAAAUCAACUCUAAUCUCUGCACUAUAGGUUCAAAUUUCAUUGGCAAAUUUUGAGUUUUGCAUUUGUAUGGCUGGGCCUAAGGACGAUAGUUAUUACAAGAUUACAUAACAGUAAACCAAGGACAGUACACGACUGGUGGUCGUGGAGAUCCCUGGGGGAAACCUUAGUCAUCCUUCUCAUGAUGUGAUUAAAAUACAAACAUUUAAGAACUCUUUUUAUAUUGUAUCUCAUUUAAUGUUACCCAUUGGUAUGAAGUUUUGUAUAAAAUCUCACGAGCGAAUGUAUGUAAUUUAGAUAUAAAAAAAAAACAAAUGUAAUGCAUGACAACUGAAAGGAAUUGAUGAAGAGUUUCUUCAUUCGUGUAAUUUUUCCUUUUGCUAAUACGUUUACAGAUUUUUUGAUUAGACUAGGAGGUUUUAAUUGUUUUUGUUAUUUUUUUGUUGUUUUGAAAGUAUUGUUUUUAUUUUCUUAAUCUUAUAAUGAUUCUUUGACAUGUUUUUAUUUGGGUAUGGUCGCUAUACGAUCAGGAUCCUUACGAGUAAACGUAUUAAUAAAAGGAGCAUGUUAUGCUUAAACUUAACAAUUUAAUAUUAAAAUUGACAUUUAAAUCGUAUUCGUAAAGUUUCACAGUGAGACAAGAAUUUUGAGCGUUUGUGGACGUAUUUCAAGCGAAAUGCGUUUUUCCAUAGGUUUGUAGUCGAUUUUGAUUUAAUUGAUAUGUAUUCUAAGUGCCGACACAAACUAUGAUAGCAAAUACUUUUCGACGCCGUGUCAAACACAAAAGCUGUCAUUCGGACGCCCGUCACCGAAGUGUCAAAACUGAAAUAUUUAUUUUAUUUAGAAAUUUAAUUCAGGCAACAAGGCCCAUAUUACAAAUACCUUACAGACUAACAUACAUAAUGUAUUGAACAUACAUAAUGUAUUAAAUAUAUUAAAUAUAUUGAACUUUAUGCAUAUGCACCUAGGUCUGUGUUGCUCUGUGGUCGGUGGCGGAUUUAUCAGUCUUUGGCGUUGGACCUACGGUUAUAUCGGUCAUUGGCAUCCAAAAGGUUAACUCAUCUAACAAAAUUACUUAUUAUUAUUUCAAAGGCGCGUUAUUUGCUUGAUUUAGAUUAAAUCUACUGGCAUAUAUUUUGUUUAUACACGGUGUAACAUGAGGAAACCGAAUAAUUUUAACCACGCAUUUCUGAGGUCAAAAGAAGUAAAAAAUGUAAUGAGUUUAGGUCAAUUUCGCCAAAAAAUAUUUUUUUUUGUUUUGUUUUUUUUUUUCAAUUUUUUGAAUGUAUUUGUACAUAAAAAAUAAAUGUUAUUGGUAAACUUGUCACUUAAAAUUGAUUUUUACAUUUUUUUUUCGUAGAACCUACUUUUUGCAAAGUGUUACUUGUCACUUUUUGUCAUCUAUCAAUAAGGAUAUUUAGACUACGUCCCAUAGCAGCAACACCACCAUCAAAAAGGCCUUUUACACUAAGUAAUAAUAAAAACUUGUUUUUUUUUAAAAAAUUAAUAAUAUCUCUGAAACUAGGCGAAUUUCAAAAAAGUUUUUGUCUCUAAAUAUGAUCAGGAAUACGCUGUUAAAAUUAUUCGGUUUACUCAUGUUACACCGUGUAUAGCGGAAAAAACGGUUAUCUCAGCGCUAAUACACCUAAAAGCAGUUUCUUUCUUUUCUUAUUGUUUGCACUUAGAAAACAUCGUCAAUAAUUAGUAGAAGAGUUGGAUGACUCCUGUAAAUUUCGCUUGACGCCAAAGAUGUAAUAUUCUUGUGUUCACCCUGUACUUGAAAAAUAAUAUAGAAUUACUUCCCAGUCUGUGGUUUACCAUUAUUUUUUACACAGAUAGUCUCAUAAUAUUAUUUUAGUUUAUUAGCUUUAGUUUUUUUUCUGUAAUAUAGAACUCACUAACUUAUUACUUAAUCUGUAUGUAUAUUGAAGAGUACACCUAAUAUAUAUCCUUUAGUUAUAAUGUGUUAUAUAUAGCUAGUAUAAGGGCGCGUACUGCGCGAUUUAUUAUGUUGUAUGAUAUGUUGUUGAGAGUUGAUACCUACAACUAAGUCACUUACAAUAGUUUUAUUUAAAAAAUGAAAAUGUAUUUAUUUAUUAAAUAUGAAUUAACAUUCAUGAGAAA